AUGUCGUUACCUUCACCAUUUCGUUCACCAUCAUCAGUUGAACAACAGUCGAAUGACUUACGUACACAAUUAUCAGAGACGAAUAAAUUAAAACAAGAAUUAGAAUUAUCAUUGGAAUCAGUCAAUAGAAAAUUACGUGAAAAAGAUGAUGAAAUCAAUGACCUAACUUGUCGUUUAAGUUCAGUUCAAAUAAUCCAACCUACUACUUCACUGCCUGCUGUUGUUGAAACUCAAUCGCCUAAUGUUGUUAAUAAUGAAACGUCUGAUGUGGCGGUAAUAACAACAACAUCAGCAUCAGCAUCAUCAACAACAUCCGAUCAAUCAUCCAUAGAACGUAUAGAAUCACUUGAAAAUCAGCUGAAACAUCGUACUGAAGAAUUGGAUAAUUCAACUACUGAGAUUCAACGAUUAACUAUGCAAUUGUAUUCACUACAAGAAACUGUGAAGAGUUUACAAGCUUCACUAUCUGAUCGUGACAGUGUUCUAGCUACAGCUACUUCGGAACGAAGUGCUCUAAGUCGGGCUAUGGAACAGAAUAAAACUUUAAAACAACAAGUAACCGAUUUGCAGGAUGCCUAUGCACAAAUGACUACAACAAAUGCUAAUUUAAGCGUACAAUUACAACAAUUAGAAUCUGAAUGUAAACAAUCGAGUAAUUCAAUGACAAAUUAUCAAAAACAAGUUGAUGAAUUAAACAAACAGUGUGAUGCCUAUCAAUUAGAAUUGAAAUCAGCCAAUGAAAUGAAUUAUGCCCUGUCUAAACAAAUUGAACAUUUAAAUAUUUUACAACAAGCGGAAAGUUUAAAUCAAGCGGAAACAAUCAACCAGUCAACAAAUGUGCUAUCAGUUGACAAGGAAAUACAAACUAUUCAUAUAGAAGAUGAUGUAGAGAAACAAAAUAACCAAGGGAAAAGUGAUUCUGUUCAACAUGAACAAUAUCAAAGACAACAAGAACACCAAGAGGCAACUAAUAUGAAUGCGUUGUUGGCAAAAAUUGAAACAGAUCAGAUACAUAUCAACCAACUUACAAAUGAAGUUACAAUGUUACAAAAUUUAUUUACACGUGUUACCAAACUGUGUUAUGAAUUACAAGCAGAAAAUGAACAAGACAAAGAAUUGAGCAGUCAAUUCAGCGAUCCUGCCUAUUGUAUUAACGCUUUAGAAGAGUCUGUUAAACGGCUGAUGUAUAAAUCAUCUUUAAGUGUAAAUGACACUUGUGUACAAUGCUCAAUAUCUGUGGAACAGAAAGCAUUAGAGGACUUAGAAAUACUUCAAGUUGCUCAUACACAAUUAGAAGCUAAAUUUAUCAAAUGCAUGGAAGAACUCAGCACGGUUUCAGAGGAACGCAGUCGAUUAGAAAGUGUAAAUGCUCAGUUGGAGAUGGAAGCGACAACAGUUGAAGAAUAUGUAACACUAUUCACGCAUAGACGUGCUGCUGCAGCAAAACGUGCUAGAGCUCGUGAAUUACUGCUACAACGUCUUGUAGAUGAUCGGAAACGCUUACGUCUACGUUUACAACAACUUUAUAAACAAAUGAAACCUGUUCAAAAUCAAGAGACAAAUGGAAUUCAUAAUGAACAUUUAGGAGAUACAAAUACAACAGAAGAGGUGGACGAUACAAGUAUACCUCUGUUAAUGAUACUUAAUCAAUAG